AUGGCUGCCUGCAGCCUGGCACUAGGACUGUGUCUCCUGCUGCUUCUCCAGGAUAUCCACACAGCCCCGCAGAUAUCAUUUACCCCACCUCAUUCUUGUGAUACACUUCAGAAUUGGUUCUAUGAUGAAACUUCAAGAAGCUGCUGUUACCAGUGUCCCUCAGGCUAUGUUAAGAAGAAAGCAUGUCCUAGGGACCCAGGUGAAGACUGCAUAAGGUGUGGACCUGAACAAUAUGUGAAUGAAGCAUUCCAAAAGCCAAGAUGUGAUGCUUGUGUAUCAUGCACAAAAGAGUCUGACCUUGUGGAGAAGGAGCCCUGCUCCUUCAAUUCUAGCCGUGUAUGUGAGUGCCGACCAGGCCUGUUCUGCCAGACCCCUGUUCUGAACACCUGCAUACGAUGCCAGCAGCACACUGUCUGCAAGCCUGGUUUUGGAGUCAAAGUCAGAGGCACCUCAACAAAUGAUGUUACUUGUGAAGAGUGCCCUUCUGGGACCUUCUCUGAUCAAAAUUCCAGCACUGACAUCUGCAAGCCCCACACUGACUGUGCCAAAUUAAACAAAGUCGUGUUAAGCAAAGGAAAUGCAACACAUGACCAGGUUUGCCUGGACCAGUUGCCCACCUACCUUAUCCCAAACACUUUGUCCAUGAGGUUCAACAAUGAAACAAGUAACUCUGACCUAAGGAGGUUUGAAGAGAACCUAGUGACCAUUACUGGUAUCCUUGUAAGUGCCACAAUGACUGAAAACCCCAGUACAACUGCUGAGGAGAAAGCUUGGGCUGGCACCUUUCCCACCUCAGUCAAGGGGGAGACAACAAUGGAAGGUCUAGUUCUCUGGGGAGUGGUUCUCUCUGUGAUUGUGCUACUUGUGGGCAUGCUGUCAUUUUGGAAAUUGAAAGUUUGCAAGAAGCAGAUCUUCAUCCUCAAAGGAAAGCGUCAUGAUCUAAUGAACAAAUGUACACAGAUCAUACUGGCUACUGACAGUGGUCCAGAAGAGAAGGAAUUAAUUGACAGAACUCUCCCUUUGGAAACCAACAAUAACUUGGUCUCCAGGACAGAAAAUGCACAUAGUCCUCCUCUGAGUCUGACUGAUGUGACACUGAGCAAUGGAAAUGCCCCAGAUUGCCCCAUUGAUUCUCGAGUGAGAGACCACACGAAUAAUCGAAUUGAAAAAAUAUACAUCAUGAAGGCUGACACUGUUAUUGUGGGGUCCAUUUCAGAAGUGCCUAGUGGCAAGAACUGUACUGCUAGAGAAUGUGAAAGUAAUGUUGAUGCUGAGGAAAACACGGAAGAGGAACUAGCAAUGCACUAUCCAGAGCAGGAAACGGAGUCUUUUCCAUGGAAUGAUGUAAUGGUUCCUGUGGAAGAGGAGGGAAAGGAAUUUCAUCACCCCACCACUGCCACUGAAAAGUGA